CGCAUAACUAACUAAUGGAUGUCAUAAUUGCCUAUCCAACCAUUUUCUGUUGUCUUGCACCUUGCACAACCCAGCACUCUCCCUCUUCCUCCUUCUUACGCGGCCAGAUACCGUACAAUGGCCAACGAAAGCGAUCCUCUCUUGUCCGGUGACGGUGAAGGCCGCUCCAAUGCUCAGGCCGAUAAGAGCGCCCGGAACUCGCGACUCCGUGAACUCGGCCUCUUUGCCUGGGCUCUGAUCGCUACUGCUGCUGUCAUUGUUGUUGCUAUUUGGACCCAGCAUGAGCAACAAACAAAACAUGAUCACAACACGCCCGCCUCUAAGCGAAACCUCGUCUUCAUGGUGUCAGACGGCAUGGGCCCUGCACCUUUGUCCUUGACGCGUAGCUUCCGACAACACGUGGAAGAGCUUCCCUACGGCGAUACCCUCACUCUUGAUAAGCAUUUCUGGGGCACGAGCCGGACUCGCUCCAGCAGUUCCUUGGUUACAGACAGUGCUGCUGGUGCGACAGCCUUCUCCUGUGGCAAAAAGACCUACAAUGGUGCGAUCUCUACACUCCCUAACCACGAUCCUUGUGGAACCGUCCUAGAAGCUGCCAAGCGUGCUGGAUAUCAUACUGGACUUGUUGUCACAACAAAGAUUGAGGAUGCGACUCCAGCCUGCUUCAACUCCCACGUGGUCCUCCGCGAGAUGGAAGACGAGAUUGCUCUUCAACAGAUCGGAGAAGGUGUCCUGGGCCGAACUGUUGAUCUGAUGCUUGGUGGUGGCCGCUGCAACUUCUUGCCCAACAGCACAGAGGGCAGCUGCCGAGCCGACGAUACGGACGUGAUCAAGAUUGCAAAGGAAAAGCACAACUGGACCUACACCGACAGUCGCGCCGGCUUUGACGCCCUCAAGGGCGGCAACAACGUCAAGCUGCCUUUCCUCGGACUCUUUGCCCCAACGGACAUCCCCUUUGAGAUUGACCGUCGAAACCACAACGACGUCUACCCCUCGCUGAGCGAAAUGGCCAAGACCGCUCUUCGCGCUCUUGAGAAGGCUACUGAAAAGAGUGACAAGGGCUUUUUCAUCAUGAUCGAGGGCAGCCGAAUUGACCAUGCCGGUCACAUCAAUGAUCCUGCAGCUCAGGUCCACGAGGUUCUUGAGUAUGACAAGACAUUCCAAGCUGUUCUCGACUUCAUCAAAGAGAGCAAGACUGAAACUGUUCUUGUCGCAACCAGUGAUCAUGAAACUGGUGGUCUUGCCACUGCGAUUCAGGAACCUGGCCACCUCCCAGUCUACAACUGGUACCCCAAGGUACUUGCGAAUGCUACCGCUUCAGCUGAGUGGCUUGACGCCAAGCUCAACGCACACAUCGCCUCUGAUCCCAGCAUCAAGAAGAAUAAGGAGAAGCUAAAGAAGUACAUCAACGAGGAACUCAUCGUUCGCGGCCUUGGUAUCUCCAACGCCUCUGAUAAGGAGAUCACCACCAUUGCUGAUCAUCCUGAGAGCGCCCUUGUCCUCUUCUCAGCCCUCAUCUCCCUACGCGCUCACGUCGGUUGGAGUACCCACGGCCACACUGCCGUCGACGUCAAUAUCUAUAGUUCUGGUGGCCCCCGAACAGAGAACAUCCGUGGUAAUGUUGAGAACACCGAUGUCGGCAAGUAUUUACGGGAGUACCUUGAGGUUGACGUUGACGCGAUCACCUCGGAACUCAAGGAAAAGAUGAGCAAGGUUAAUCUUCAAGAUGUUGGCAUGGAGGCACUCGACGAAGUUUGGCCUCUUGGUAACAAGUACCAUGCUAUUGAGGUUUAAUAGACAUACUGCAUUUCUUAGAAUGAUUACACGACUUAUAUGGGUUUAGCAAGAGGCGGGCAGGGAAAUCUUGGUCAAGAUAUGUAGAGUGGUAUACCCAAUCUAUAGUAGAUUUAUUCAUUAACCUGCCUAUGGUGCGUUUGAACUUUUUGAGUUUCCAUACCAACACAACUACAGCUACUUCUGAGCUGCUGUCUAUUGAGAUAUCCAC